ACGACGAGCAAGAAGCACAGCAGCUGACUAACCACCAGCUAUGCCACCCAUCAGGCCUGCGUUGGCUCGGCGAGGACCAGCGGCAGCCGCAGGCGGAGUACAAAGAUUACGGGCUCCUGCAGCCGCAGGCGGAGUACAAAGAUUAGGGGCUCCUGCAGUGAGAGCUCCGUUGCAGAAGCCGCAAGUUCCGAGGCAAUCCAUCGUGUGCGCACCCGGCCUUGAGUACCUGGCCCUCAUCGAUCAAAUUAUAAUACAGCAGCAAGUGGAGCUCUUCGAAGUUAUCACUGGCAUCGAAACUUGCAACUCCUACGAAGCUAAGAACUCGAUGGGCCAGUUUAUAUACUACAUCACCGAAAAUUCGGGUUGUUGUGCAAGGUGUUGCUGCGGGCCGAGGCGAUGCCUGGAAAUGGACGUUCGCGACUACACGAGCUCCGUGGUGAUGCACUUCGUGCGGCCACUGCGGUGUGUGCACACGAUGUUUUGCUGCUGCUGUUGCUGGUGUUGCUGCCUGCAGGAAAUGGAAGUUCAAGCACCUCCUGGAAAUACCAUCGCAUACGUAUAUCAGCAGUGGUCCUUAUGCUAUCCGUCGUUCGGUAUAUACGACCGCAACCAGAAGCGAGUGCUGGACAUAGUGGGACCGCUGUGCACUCAAAGCAUACCUUGUAAAUGCGAUGUCGAUUUCACGGUCUACUCAACCAACGGCCACGCAAUUGGAAAUAUUAGCAAGCACUGGAGCGGGUUAGUGAAGGAGUUGUUCACGGAUGCCGACACCUUCGGCGUCAGUUUUCCGUUGGACAUGGAUGUGCAUUUGAAGGCCGCUCUCAUCGCCGCCACAAUGCUCAUAGACUACAUGUUCUUCGAAGAAGCAUACAAUCGAAGCGAUGACAGAGGACCCGGAGUAUGAACUGAUUCCGCCGACUGCGUAGAGCGAAAUGGCUUCGUCAGCCAUUGCACUCGAUGCAGUGGCUUGAGUUCUCAAUACUCGACUCGACCGAGUGCUACCCUUCAAAUCAGACUCGAUUCCACUUAUAGUUAGUACGAUGUAAUUCGGGGCAAGCCUUAAAAUUGUUUUUCUCAUA